AUGACCUAUAGAGCGCGCAUUUGCAUAGUUAUUAUCCAUGCAAUUUCCUGCCUCUGCGGGCACAUAUUUGACGAUACUCUCGUUGUUUUCUCGCAGGACAGGCGAGAAAAAGUGCUUCUGGAUAGGGGACUCGUGGAGGGGUUUACAGCUCGACAGGACACAUACCACGAGGACAUGCAGGAUGGAGAGAGAAAGAAGUGGCUUGUACAGCGCGUGCAUGCAGACUUGUCCAUCUCCCAGAUGGUGACAGUUCCAAACGAGCACGUUCCCUAUAUAAACGACUUUUUCAGCAUGGCCAGCAUACCAGAAUACGCUGAGGGAAAGUUAUUCUCAAUGCAGGGCCUGGUCGGGAUACUGUGGGGGUGGCUGUACUUUCACCUGAGGGAGUUCACCACCGUCUCCCCGAAGUAUGCCCGCGGGAGGGCGGAAAUGGGGAAGAGAAGCUGUUUCCUGCAAAAUCUCUUUUUCUUGCUGAAGAAUAACCCAAACCUGAAGAAGGAGGUGCGAAGUAUUUUGGCGGAAAUAGAAAAGCUCCCGGAAAACACGGAGGAAGUUCCCCCCACAGGGAAGUUUAUCCCGAGGGACCGCCUCCUGUGGUUUCUAAGGCACUCGCGGAAUGCGGAUAUUCGGGAGUUUCUGGAUGUCUAUCUGUAUAGGGAGCACUUUGGAGUUUCUGUGCGUGCGGAGACUGUUGGAGACGUGAAAAAGAGAAAUACCGUUAAAAUUUCUGUUUUUAAACCGGAAAAAACAAAAUCAACCCCUGGCAAUUUGGACUUUACGGAGUUCCUGCACAGGCACAGUCUUUCCUCCGUUAGGAAGAUAGACCUUUUCAUAGGGAAAGACAUCUCCCUCCCUGAGCCUAUUUUCCAGGCUCUUUUCGUGCUCUUUUCAGGCGCAAGAGUCCUUUCGUACGAGUACCCGGGAGAAAAAUACGUUAAAAAAUCAGCUGAUCUGAUCGCGGAUCUUUUACGAUCUGAGAAAAAACGGAUCAAUCAGGGCCAUCCCCCCCUCCUCAACGGCCUGAUUUUGUCGAGCUCCCUCCUUCUCUCAGAAACGGGGAUGCACUACCUGGAAAAGUCCUCUCUCGAGGUGUUCGGGUUUAAAAGCUUCUAUCCCCCCACGCCAGAGUCAGAGUUUGCCUUCAAAAAGGCCCAGCCAGCCCUGGAAAGGUGCCUGGACCGGAUAUUCGAGGGGAGAACUCUCCUCUCCACGACUCUCGAGCACAUAGUCGGCCCUGAGUCCCUCUUCUUCCUCGAAAAGUCCCGGGCAAGCCAUCUUCCGCGCCUGAAAACAGCGGAAAUUCACAUGCCCCACUCCCUAGCGGAAGAGACUGGGCGCUUCUACAGGGGAAUUCUCACAAGCCUCCGCCAAGCGAGGAAAGUGAUUGUUUCCGGCUCUUCAAAGUCCACCCCCAAAGACACUCUCCGCAUUCUCUCGGGAAUUUCCAGGCUCCAAAACAUCUCCGUCCUCGACCUCUCGAAGGCCUCCCUCGGGUCUCUCUCCCUCUCGGAAAUUCUGCAGGACGUGAGGACGCAGUACCGGCACUCUCUGCACACGCUGAAGUUCGUCUACCCGAUGGAAAGUUCUCUCUCCCGGGAAUCUCCUAUAAUUUCAUCCCUUUCCCGGGCCCUCCCCAACAUCUCGAAGUACAAUGUCUUCGUAACCCCGAAAAACCAGGCUUCCAUCCUCCCCGUGCUGAUAAAAGACCUGCACCGGACCCUCACGGGGCACAAGCGGAGAAAGCGCCUGAACCUUUCGAUGACGCUGCACCUUCUUGAAAGCAAAAGCUCCGGAAGCUCCCCCUGGAAGACUCUGAAGUCGCUGCCCUACAAAAUAGACGAGUCCUCUGUUUCCCGUGCGUACUCUCUCCAAGGCCUCUCCGAAAGCGCCUUCACCCAGGAGGAAAUGCACCGUCUUCUCUUCCUAAGCACGCACUCAUAA